GCGCUGCCUGCGCCUCGGCCACAGGUUCGGCGGGCUGGUGCUCAGUCCAAUGGGCUCCCAGUACGUGUCCCCGGCAGACAGACAGCUGGUGGCUCAGUCUGGGGUCGCUGUCAUAGACUGCUCGUGGGCCAGACUGGAUGACACCCCCUUUGGGAAGAUGCGAGGGAACCACUUGCGACUGCUACCCUACCUGGUGGCUGCGAACCCUGUAAACUAUGGCCGGCCCUACAGACUUUCCUGUGUGGAAGCAUUUGCUGCUGCUUUCUGCAUCAUGGGCUUUUCAGAUCUUGCUGUCAUUUUGCUGCGGAAAUUUAAGUGGGGCAAGGGCUUCUUGGACCUGAACCGCCAGCUCCUGGACAAGUAUGCAUCCUGCAGUGGACCUGAGUCAGUGCUACAAGCAGAGCAGGAGUUCCUGGCCAGUGCCAAGGAGGGCCCCAAGGAAGAGGAAGAAAUUGACCCAUUCGAUGUGGAUUCAGGGCGAGAGUUUGCAAAUCUCAACAGGCCUGUGGCCACUAUCCGGCUUCCUGUGGACACAGAUAGUGAUGAGUCUGAAGAGCAAGAGCUUGAAGACAAGGAUAGAGAAGACAAUAGCUGCUUCCAAGAGACUCUGGAAGGAGGGGAUGAGGCCAGGGCCUCAACUGAGAUUUAGAAAAGAAUCAAGAAACAGCAGAGUUUGAAGGGUGCAGACACAUUGUUGAA